AGGAUAUAUCUCCCCCCUCUCUCUCAAUUUCGGAAUCUCCGACUCCAACCAAUCAGAAAGCCGUAGCUCACCACCAUGAUUCGCAUACCCUCCGUCGUCGUCGUCGUCGUCCUCUUCCUCCUUGGUCUCUCCGGUUCCACCUCGGCCAGUAGAGACUAUAUCCGGUUGCCCUCAGAAGCUUCGAGAUUCUUCGGCAGAGGUGAUGGGGAUGUUCUUGAUAACGAUGACGGGACAUCGGGUACCAGAUGGGCGGUUCUGAUUGCCGGAUCGAAUGGCUACUGGAAUUACAGGCAUCAGGCUGAUAUUUGUCAUGCUUAUCAACUCUUGAGGCAAGGUGGAUUGAAAGAGGAAAACAUUAUUGUUUUCAUGUAUGACGACAUUGCUUUAAAUGAAGAGAACCCUAGGCCUGGAGUAAUCAUUAAUAGCCCGCAUGGCAGUGACGUGUAUCAAGGAGUGCCAAAGGAUUAUACUGGGGAAGAUGUUACUGUUGAGAACUUUUUUGCCGUUAUCCUUGGAAAUAGAACUGCUCUUACAGGAGGCAGUGGGAAGGUUGUGGAUAGCGGUCCCAACGAUCAUAUUUUCAUAUACUAUAGUGAUCAUGGGGGCCCUGGAGUGCUUGGGAUGCCUACCAAUCCUUACCUCUACGCUGGAGACCUAAUAGAAGUCUUGAAGAAAAAGCACGCAUCUGGGACCUAUAAAAGCUUGGUAUUUUAUCUUGAAGCCUGUGAAUCUGGAAGCAUCUUUGAGGGUCUUCUUCCAGAAGGUUUGAAUAUCUAUGCAACAACAGCAUCAAAUGCUGAAGAGAGCAGCUGGGGAACUUAUUGCCCUGGAGAGAUUCCUAGUCCUCCCCCAGAAUAUGAAACUUGUCUGGGUGACUUGUAUAGUGUUGCUUGGAUGGAAGACAGUGACGUACACAAUCUGCAGACAGAAACUUUGCGCCAGCAGUAUGAACUGGUCAAAACGAGGACAGCAAAUGACAAUUCUGCUUAUGGCUCUCAUGUCAUGCAAUAUGGUGAUAUAGGUCUUAGCAAGAACAAUCUUGACCUGUAUUUGGGUACAAAUCCUGCGAAUGACAACUACACUUUUGUGGAGGAGAACUUCUUGAGGCCACGUACAAAAUCUGCAACCAACCAGCGAGAUGCUGAUCUUGUCCAUUUCUGGGAUAAGUUCCUCAAGGCUCCAGAAGGCUCUCCUAGGAAAGUUGAAGCUCAGAAGCAGUUUUUUGAAGCAAUGGCACAUAGAAUGCAUAUAGAUCAGAGCGUGAAACAUAUCGGGAAGCUCCUAUUUGGAAUCGGGAAAGGUCCAGAGGUGCUCAACAUUGUUCGACCUGCUGGGGAGCCACUUGUUGAUGAUUGGGACUGCCUUAAGACGCUGGUGAGGAGUUUUGAGACACAUUGUGGAUCCCUAUCACAAUAUGGGAUGAAACACAUGAGGUCCUUUGCCAACAUCUGCAACGCUGGGAUUGUGAAGGAGCAGAUGGCUGAGGCAUCUGCUCAAGCUUGUGUCCGAGUUCCUUCUGGGCCUUGGAGCUCUCUGGAGAAGGGAUUCAGUGCAUGAUUGAUGCAUACAUAAUCUGCAACUUGAAAGAUCACUUGAUAUGUGGUUGUCUAUAUUUAUAUAUUUUAAAAAUGGCUCUUAUGAUUGCCUCCGUAAAUAUGUUCUGUAAUGAAAUUACAUGCUUUAAUUGUAAGUAAUAUGACAGUGCUUGUUAUGGUUU